UACUUUGAAAAUCCUUGUGCUGCCAUCUGGGCCUCAGUAUGAAGUGGUGAUAAAAGGUGAGGUGGAGUCUGAGGAAAAUAGACCCGUGUCUACAGCUGCUGGCUGCUCAGAUAUCCCACCCGUUCUCUCCAACAAGCAGUUCAUUGCCUGGGGAGGAGUAACACUUGGAGCAUCAGUCCAGCAGAAGUUAACUCUAAGAAAUGACUCUCCAUCUGUGACCCAGCAUUUAAGACUGUUGAUAAGAGGCCAGGAUCAAGACUGCUUUCAGCUGCAAAGUAUAUUCGGAUCAGAAGAACGCUUAACUAGUAAUUGGGAACUCAAAAUCCGUCCCAAAGAGGAUACUAACAUAUACUUGAUGUUUGCACCUACUCGAGUAACUUGCUUCUUUGCAAAGCUGGAAAUCAAACAGCUGGGGAUUCGAUCACAGCCAGGAAUUAAGUUUACUAUACCGUUAUCUGGAUAUGGAGGAAAAAGCAAUAUAACUUUAGAAAAUGUUAAAAAACUGUCAGAUAGUUACAUGGUAGCACUGGAUGGAUUAUUGCCUGCAAGAUUAAGGAAAGCUUCCUUCCGCAUAAGAAAUACAGGUUCUCGGGCUGCCUAUGUUAAAGCACUGUGCUUUGCAAACCUACGGACGAAAACAGUUAUGGAUCCUCAGGUAAUGAUGGUAUCUCCAGAGAAGUUUGUACUAAGAGAAGGAGCACAUGAAGUGAUUACUAUAACAUGGAAUCCAAUGGAAAAGAACUUCCGUAAAACAAACACACUGGUAUCAACAGUAUGUUUUUUUUGUGGAGAUGAAGUUUCUAGGCAGCAGUAUCGUAGAGCUAUGAUGUAUAAACCUGAGGUAGAAAAACACAUAGUCCCGGAAAACAGCUUAUUGAGAAACAUUGUAUUUGAUGAAGAAUUUCAAGGGGAGCAGCUUGUGACAGAAG